AUGGUAAACAAAGCUAGUAGAUGUUCUAAAAAGUUCAUAAACUUAAUCACAUCUAAGCAUACAGAUAUGAACUGUAAUCAAGCUGAAGUCAAAUGUUUUCAGAUGUUAGGCAUGUGCCGCGUCAGACGAGGUCCACAUGGGCGAGUGCGAUACAGAGCUCCUUGUAUGAUCGCCUCGACGGCUAUAUCUGUUCGCGCACGUGGCGCCCGCGCAGGGCGGCCCGCCCCAGUACAGAGUUAA